UUUGAGAGCGCGCGCAGGAGCGAGCGCUCGCACUCCAGCUUCUGCGCUCAGUUCGGAUCGGUUCAGACGCGAGUGCGCAUCCAACCUUCGUUCCUCUGUGCUUUUCAAGGGAAAUUUGUCCGAGCAAACCGUAAGCAGCCAUGGAUGCCAUCAAGAAGAAGAUGCAGAUGCUCAAGCUCGACAAGGAGAACGCCUUGGACAGAGCUGAGCAGGCAGAGAGCGAUAGGAAAACGGCGGAGGACAGGAGCAAACAGUUAGAAGACGAACUAAUUCAAUUGGAAAAGAAGUUGCGCGUAUCCGAGGACGAUCGCGAUAAAAUGCUUGAGGAAUACCAGAGUGUCGAGGAGAAGCUCCUGGCCGCAGAUGAAGUCGCCACCCAGGCUGAGGCUGAUGUAGCUUCCCUGAACCGACGUAUCCAACUGGUUGAGGAGGAGUUGGAUCGCGCACAGGAACGUCUGGCCACGGCUCUGCAGAAGCUGGAGGAGGCUGAGAAGGCUGCAGAUGAGAGCGAGAGAGGCAUGAAGGUCAUUGAGAACAGGGCUAUGAAGGAUGAGGAGAAGAUGGAGAUCCAGGAGAUCCAGCUCAAAGAGGCCAAACACAUCGCUGAGGAGGCCGACCGCAAAUACGAGGAGGUGGCCCGUAAGCUGGUGAUCGUUGAGGGUGAGCUGGAACGUACAGAAGAACGUGCCGAGCUGUCUGAGGGACGCCUCCGAAGAUUACAAGAGGAGCUCCGAGUGUUGGACCAAAGCUAUAAGUCAUCAAAAGCAUCAGAAGAACAGUACUCGCAGAAGGAGGACAAAUACGAGGAGGAGAUCAAGGUCCUGACCGACAAACUGAAGGAGGCGGAGACCCGCGCCGAGUUUUCUGAAAGAUCAGUCGCCAAGCUUGAGAAGACCAUCGAUGACCUUGAAGAUGAGUUGUAUUCCCAGAAACUCAAGUACAAAGCCAUCAGCGAGGAGCUCGACCAUGCUCUCAACGACAUGACAUCAAUGUAAUUCACCCCGCGGCCUGUGCCUAUGCCCCACUCCAUUACCCAUAAUCCCCUAUCUCAUGCACUCUCUGAAUGAGGUUGUUUUCCUUUCAUUCACACUGUGAUACUUUUCUCUGUUUUAAACCGUCUGCUAUCUCUGUCAUUCUACAAGAACCAUGGUUCACCCUUGGGUGUUGCACCGCAGGCACCAUGGCUUGUAGAAGAAGUGGAUAGGAGCUCUGUUUCUCAUGUUGUGGAAUUUAUUUAGUGUUUUCGAAAUUGUUACCUUGUUCACGAAAUUGUGGAGGAACAAAUAGCUUCUAACUCUCAUAUCUUCAGUUAAUUUAGUUGUUCAGUAUAUGCUGUACUCGGGCUGGGCAAGAAAGAAAAUGACCAUUAACCACAAUAUUGUUUUUUUGACUAUUUAUGUAGCAACAUUUAUAAUUGAGCUAUAAAAUCUAUAUCAAAUGAUAAAAGACAGUUUUCGCUGUAUCGCAAACAUUCAACGCAGCCCAGCCUUACUUGCAGCGCUGAAGUCUUAACCCCAGUGCAUGUGAUGGAUAUUCUGUAUUUUCUGUGCGAUUUCUUUCACUUUUGUCCAUUUCUAAAGAUUUUAAUUCAUGUGCUGCUAACAAGGCCGUCUUUUCAAGAGGAGACGGGCCCAAAGCCUGCCGUUUGGAGCUUUGCAUCACGUUUAAUGUUGAUCCUCUGUUACGCUAUAUUGUAGAUUUUUUUAGGACGUAACUAUGCGCUGCUUGGUAAGUCAGCAUUUUUGGCCACUGCAUAGUUGAACACGCUUGGUGAUACGUUAACUAUAUCAGAUUUGCGUGACACUUCACAUCACAAGUGAUAGUUUACCCAAAAAUGACAAUUGUCAUCAUUUACUCGCCCUCUUGUCAUUAAACCUGGAUUACUUUCUUCUUUUGCAAAACAAAAAAACCAUUAAGGAAUGCUGUUAACCGAAGAGCGACGGCACCCAUUGACUUGCAUUGGUUUUUUGUCAAUAUAAUACAAUAGAAGUGAGUGGGUGCCGCCACUUUUCGGCUACCAACAUUUUUCAAAAUAUCUUCUUUUGUGUUCUACAGAACAAAGUCAUACAUGUAUGAAAUGACAAGAGGGUUAGUAACCGAUGACAGAAUUGUCAAUUGUCAACUAUCCCUUUAAUAAGUAACGUACGAUCAUUUUGGCCAGUUAACAUUGUGGCUUCUGUGUGCAGUGGCUCUUUUCUGUUUUGUUUGGUGGUAGAUUCUGUCCCACGAUUGGCUCUUCCGUCACCACUUUUUUUCACUUCUUCCCCUCCCUGCGCAGAUAAAUCGUUCGCAUCACUUCAAAGACGUCUCCACCCGGCUGAACGGCAUCUCUCCGCUUUUUCUGGCAUCUCAUUUCCUGUCAUACUCUUGCCUUCCCUGUCUCCAUUGUGUUUUAUUUCACAUCUCUUGUACAGAAGCUUUCAUUCUCUACUUUAAGUUAAACUUUCUAUGUAAAUCUUUUCCUUGUCAUUUUGUUUCCUGUUCAUUUCUAUGUGCUAUGUGGCUCUAAUAAAGUCAAGAAUUGCUAGAA